GUGAUACAGGUGAAAAGGGAGACAAAGGAGGCACUGGCAUAGGUAUUGAUGGGCCUGAUGGAGAUCAAGGACUUCAAGGUCCACGAGGUGUAACUGGAAUUAGUAAAGAUGGUCGAGAUGGUGCUCAUGGUGAACCUGGUUUGCCAGGUGAUCCUGGUUUACCUGGCGCAAUAGGGGCUCAGGGAACUCCAGGAAUCUGUGAUACGUCAGCCUGCAUGGGUGCUGUUGGAGGAGGAUCCAAAAAAUCUGCAGCGCUAAAAGUGGAGAAGUGACUGAAUAUUUAAGUAAACAGUGAAUUGUAUGAAGAGUCAGAAUCCUCCUAGUGAUAAAUGGACAAAUAUUCCUUUUAUUAAAAUGAAUAAAUGGAGACUUUGACACAGUAAUUCAGUUCCAUGACACAGGAAAGCAUCAGACAAAAACCUUUACUAAAAAGAUGCUUAAAAUUGCUUCCCCACCCUCGCCCCUUAUUUUCCAGAAUUUUUACUACAAAUCAGUCUCACUUUCCCUUCCUCUCCAGUUUGUUGAAGAGACCUACAGGAGGAAGCACUGCUCCUUUUACUGUCAUCUCCGUAAAUGUACAAAAGCUUGUGGCUAUUUUGCAUAAAGGCUUGAGUCUAUGCUCACUGAAUUCAGUAGUGAUUCAAGCACUAACUGAACAUCAUUGACUAGAUAUAUUUGUUGUCCACCAUGAAUUAUUAGACUGUACCUCAAACAUUUGCCAUGGCUAGUAAAUGUUAAACCCUUUGCACUCUUGAAAUCUAACUCUGCAAAGGGUGUAAUGUAUAUAUUAUAAUUUACAGGGGAGAGUUUUUGUAUAUUUCCAUGUUAUAAUAAAGGAUAUUCAAUAACAGCAUCUUCACACCCUCUACUUCAGCUAUUUGUACAGAAUUUGUGAAAAAAAUCCCAAGUCAGAAAGGAUGCUCUUCUCAACACCAGCCAAAAUUACUGUAUGAACUAUUGUAAAAAUAAAAGGAGAUUUUUUUAACCUUUUUUUGUGAUGUUGUAACUGUCAUUAUACACAUCAAAACUUGUUCUACUAAACCCCAUCUUCCCCCCAAUUGUUUUUAUUAGAAUUAUUUAGAAAUAAAUUGUUGCAAAAUUGUGAAUAUCCGUGAUUUAAAACAGUAUUUAUUUUGAGGUGACUUUUUUUUGUACUAUAAAACCUGUCAGCAUCAUCUGUUUUAAGAAAUUAAUAAAGCCACUUUUUCAGUUAAUAAAAUAUACUAUUUCUGUCCUGAACAUUGCAUCUUAUUAACAAGUAGAGACAUUUCUACUCUUUUAAUAUGAAAAUAUUUUGUGCACUUAAAUAAUUCACCGUUUACAAUAUACCACUUUUGGACUGAAGCAACAAUACAGAAAAAUUGUUGGACAGUUUGUGCAAGAACUAUUUAAAAUACUACUGUAUCUUAAAAGCAAUGCCAAUAGCAUUGUAUGAUUCUUUAGUCCUAUGGGGAUGUACGGUUCAAUAUGAACUUCAAAUCUGAAUUCCAAUGCAUAUAAUAUUGUUUGUAAGAUGUGUACUUAUUAUACAAGCGCUAACCAAUUUAAUUUUCUCACUGUUUCAGUUGUGAAAUGGGCACUAUAAUGGCAUCUUUAUUUAUUUAUUUUAUAUUUAACAGAAAUGUACAUUCAUGACUGACUAAAUACAACAGGACAGGUUGAUGGUCUAUAACAAUUUCCAACUAUAUUAUAUCAAGUUAAAAUGGAUUUUGGUAGCUAUUGGGGGAAAAAAUAUUUAGUGGCUGUCAUGACAUUUUCUUGUUGCUUCUGGUCCCAAAGCUCUCUAA